AGUAGUUUUGGGUGUAGUGUGAUACCAAGAGGUUAUUUGGAGUGUCUGUUAGUCUUGUAGAUGGGGAUAUUUUGUUUAUCAGGAAAACUCCAUUGCAUCUAAGAAUGUCAUGUCCCAUGAUUAUUUUGCUUCCCAAGGAGAGGGUCACUCACAUUUACAUAUGUAAACAUGAUAUAAAUACUCUGUGAAACCAAGUAGCUUUGCUGCUUUCCUUUCCCCUUGCAAAUUUGCACACAGCUCUGAUCUGGUUAUGGGUGUGGUGGCUUGGGUCUGAUUAUCAGGGGCGUUGUACUGAGUAUGGAGCUGGUUAGAGGUGCUAGAGCUGAGUCCCUGGGAUCCCCUUUUGAAGAGCUAAGCUUUGUUAUCUGAGCACUUUGAAAUUGGGCUGAGGAAUAUCCUGGGAUGGGCUGAUGCAGAGGCACAGAGAAAUAGAGGCUGAUCUUAGAUGUCAUGAGGUGGGGAAGGUACUAGGUUAAAUCCAUUCACACCUUCUCCUACGUUGCUAAGUGUUGCCCAAUGGUAAGAAUGGUUCCUGGCUGUCUCAGCCUCUUUAAGGCUGUGAAGGUAGGCUCUGACAAACCCUUUUCCCAGUCUCAGGUGUUCAGGGUGAAAGAUGCACCUUUCACCAUCACCUCUGUGUAGAAUUUAAGAGAGAUUGAGGACUAGAAGAUCUAACUGCAGCGGAUGAUGGUGGCUCCAGCUGCAUCUCUCCUGUGUGGAAAAGAUAGCAAAAAUGGCAAUGAAGCCGAUUUUAGCUCUUCAAGCAGCACAGGCAGUAUUUCAGCACCUGAAGUCCAUAUGUCAGCUGCUGGAAGCAAGAGAUCUUCUUUUUCUCGCAAUCGUGGUCCUUAUGGUCGGAAUAAUGGAUCCUUAUCCUACAAGUCUGGGGCCAGUCCACCUGCUUCACAUGGAAAGGACGCUUCAUCAACACUGUGCAAAAACCAUCUGAGUCCUGCUAACAUCCAUCAGAGUUACAGGGCUUCUUCAGCCAGCAGCAGCAACUCAGGCUCAUACAAAGGAAGUGACAGCAGUCCAGUGAUGAGGCGAUCAGGGAGAUACAAUUCUUGUGGUGACAAUCACAGCGUUAAGCCACAAAAUCCAGAGCAGUAUUUGACUCCUCUGCAGCAGAAGGAAGUGGCAGUACGACAUUUGAAAACCAAGCUGAAGGAAUCUGAAAGCAAACUCAAAGAAAGGGAAACAGAAAUAGAAGAGCUUAAAGCUCAGCUGGGACGGAUGAGGGAAGACUGGAUCGAAGAAGAGUGCAAUCGUGUGGAGGCAGAGCUAGCCCUAAAGGAAGCAAGAAGUGAAAUUAAACAACUCAAGCAGGUUAUUGAAAGCAUGAAAAACAGCUUGGCUGAGAAAGACAAAAAAAUUCAGAAAUACUUUCUAGACAUAAACAUUCAAAACAAGAAGCUGGAAUCUUUGCUGCAGAGCAUGGAGGUGGCUCAGAGCCACUCUGGGAGGGAUGAGCAGUGCCUGGAGUACACGAGCGACUCAGAGGGGAAGCUGUUAUCAUUGAGUGCCACCCUGCCAGACAGCCCCAUCACAGAGGACCAAGGUCUGGAGGAUGUGGCAGACAGUGAUCUGCUUCUUAGUGAGGACAGAGCUAACGGGACUGACUCAUCUGGAGAGAGUUUGACCACCACAACCUCUGAGCUGAGUGAUCCAGCUCCCUUCAGUGCUGCUGUAAAUGAAGAGAUGCUUGAAAUCAUUCUGGAUGGAAAACUAACUUAUUGCCAGGAAGAAGAAAAAGGCAACAGGAUGGUGGAACAGGCCAUCCAGACUGAUGUGGUGCCAUAUAGCUUGGAUGUGGAGCAGCUCAUUCAAAACAUCUUCAGAGCUCAAGACACCUGUCCUCUAAGCCCACCUUCUUCACUGAAGGAACUGGGUGAAUUUUCUCUUGGAAGCUUCAGUGAUUCUGGUAUCAUAGUGGACUUGACCCCAAGUGAUCCCAAUUCUGCCAUCCUUUUGUCUCCUAUGGAGUCUCCAUGCAGGAAAGUGGAGCACAGAGUUAAUGAAAACCGUUUCAUGAAAGAACUUGAUUUUACAGAAACUCAUGAUGAUGAAGCAUUUGAGUAUGUUAAUACAGGAAUAAAGAGGAGAUACUGGAGCAGCAGUCUCCUCGGGGAUCUUCUGGCUGUAGCAGCCCCUGUUGUACCAACUAUUGUGUGGGCUUUGAGUACUCAGAGAGGAGGAACAGAUCCUAUUUACAAUAUUGGAGCAUUGCUUCGUGGUUGCUGCCUGGUAGCCCUGCACUCUUUACGCCGAACACCCUUCAAUAUCAAAACCUAAAGUCUCCUCUGACCCUGGGCAUCUACUGGCUGAGGCAGAGAGAAAGAGGGAUGAGAUUGAUCAUAAAAGCUUACGUAUAUUCUGGCAGGGUCCAUCCUUUGCUUUUGAGUAUUUGAUUUGCACUAUAAAUCAGUUAAAAACAUGUUCCUUGUUUCAAAAUAAAUGAGCUGAACCUUUACUUCCACAAGAUGUUUUUAACAGUACUGCUGCUUACAGAAAUAGUCCUCCUGCUCCCAGGCAUCAUGUCUCUCCCCUGUGCUGGUGACUUUCUGGUGCCAGUACAUCUGCACAGUGAACAUAACCAGAGAAAUAGGAAUUCAAGCCUCGUGCUCUUUCAUGUUCCACUGCUGAGCUAGGAUUAAGCUCAGUCACUCUCCCUGGUUGGUUCACUGAGCAAAUGUACAAGUACUUUGCACUGGCUCAAGGGUAGUGUGAGAUGCACUAGGGAACAAGUGGUUGGAGAAAGGUGGGGUAUUUCUCUAGACAGCACUAACCUUCCCUUUGGGUAUCACACCUGUGCUCCAGAAAGCAUGCUAGCGCUUUCCAUUUGUUGUCCCAAGUGUCAAUUCAAUUUAGAGGUAAAACCCGUAUUCCCCAGGCAGCUUCCAGCACAUCGUUUGUGCCUGUCUCAUGUAGUGCUCUUCUCAACUGUGCAAUUGCUUGAGCAUUUCACUGGUCUUGUGCAUAUACAGGGACUGUAACCAAAAAUGUACAUCGUUGGGAGUCUUAACACUUGUUACAAUGGUAAGUAUAGGCGUGGAUACACUUUGAUUCUUAAUGUUGUUUUAAAGUCUUUAUGUAUUGGAACCUGAUAGUCUUUUGAGCCCUUUGAAAAACUAUGUAUAAAUGUAUUGUGUUUUAACUUAUUGUUUAUUUAAUUGCUUUAUUGUAAAUUACCUUUAUAAUCACAAGUUCAGUAAAGCAUGAUAGAUAUGUCAAAUGUGUGAGUGUUUUACUAUAGAAAGGUAUAAAAAAGUAUCCCAUUAUAGGUGAGCUGUCAGGUACAGGCUGAGCUAGGGGACGUACUGUAUCAGAUACUGUUCCAGGAGAUCAGAAUUAGACUGAGAAAACCUGGAUAGAGUUCCAGGUGUAAGCACUCACCAGGCUGAUUAAAGGCUCCAGCUGGGCUGCAGUUACACACACAACCCACUCUGCUGCCUCACACUGCCUUCACAG